UGAAUGAAAUGUUGUGAGGUUCCCUGAUGGUCUCUGUGCAAUGGGAUCUGCAGAGGGAAAGAAUUAGGAGAAGACUGUUCACGUGUAACCCUUUGUCAUGGACACAAGCCCUGGGGACCUGAUGGUGUCAUAAGACCAACUAAAGCAGCCCUGGGACAACAGAUGAGGGCCAAGGGAGUCUUCAUUCUAGAGCAUGAGAUCUUCUGCAAAUAGGCAUUUCAAAGGCAGGGGAGUCAAGUGCCUGACCCCAGUGGCAAGGCUUCUAGAUUCUUCUGAAUCAAACCCGUUGUGUUCAACUGGAAUUCACCUGGAAAACGUAGAAGGAUAAGUUCCAAGAAUACUAAAAGGAAGGAGCUGACUUCUGCAUCCAGUCACCGGAUACCAAGUAAACAUCUGUGAGGAGAGCUAAGCAAUGGAUUCUGUGAACAACCUCUGCAGUCAGUAUGAGGAGAAGGUGCGGCCCUGCAUUGACCUCAUCGACUCCCUGAGGGCUCUGGGUGUGGAGCAGGACCUGGCCCUGCCUGCCAUUGCUGUCAUUGGGGACCAGAGUUCAGGGAAGAGCUCUGUGCUGGAAGCACUGUCUGGAGUGGCCCUCCCCAGAGGCAGUGGUAUAGUUACCAGGUGCCCUCUGGUGCUGAAAAUGAUGCAACUCAAGCAGGGAGCACAAUGGAGAGGCAAGGUCAUCUAUAAGGACACUGAGAUUGAGAUCUCAGACCCCUCACUGGUAGAAAGGGAAAUCAAUAAAGCCCAGAACUUGAUUGCUGGGGAAGGUUUGAAGAUUAGCUCUGAGCUCAUUAACUUGGAGGUCAGCUCUCCGCAUGUCCCAGACCUGACUCUGAUUGACCUGCCUGGUAUCACAAGGGUGGCUGUAGGUGACCAGCCUGCAGACAUAGAACACAAGAUCAAGAGACUCAUCAAGACAUACAUCCAAAAACAGGAGACCAUCAACUUGGUGGUGGUUCCCAGCAAUGUGGAUAUUGCCACCACAGAGGCCCUGAGCAUGGCCAAGGAGGUGGACCCUGGCGGGGAUAGGACCAUAGGACAGUGUUUGUCCUCUGAUCUCAAUACCUGGUCUACAGGUAUCUUGACCAAGCCUGAUCUAGUGGACAGAGGUGCUGAAGACAAGGUUGUUGAUGUGGUGCGGAACCUGGUGUACCAUCUGAAGAAGGGCUACAUGAUAGUCAAGUGCAGGGGUCAGCAGGACAUCCAGAAGCGGCUGAGCCUGGCUGAGGCUCUUCAGAAUGAGCAAGUCUUCUUCAAGAAACACCCUCAUUUCAGAGUUCUUCUGGAGGAUGGCAAGGCCACAGUGCCCUGCCUGGCAAAGAGACUGACUGCGGAACUUACCUCCCACAUUUGUAAAUCUCUGCCACUAUUGAAAAAUCAAAUAAAUAAGAGUUAUCAUUGUGUGAAUGAAGAGCUGCAGAAGUAUGAUCCAGACAUACCAGCAGAUAACAGUGAGAGGAUGUCCUUUCUGAUAAACAAAAUCAAUGCCUUCAAUAAGGAUAUCAUGACUUUGGUACAAGCACAGGAAACCACAUUGGGCGGAGACAGCCGGUUGUUUACCAAACUUCGAAAUGAGUUUCUUUCUUGGGAUAAUUAUAUUGAAGAACAGUUCCAAGAAAGUUCUCCUGAGAUACAGAACAAGAUGGAAGAAUUUGAAAAUCAGUAUCGUGGCCGGGAGCUGCCAGGGUUUGUGGACUAUAAGGCAUUUGAGAACAUCAUCAAAAAGCAAGUCAAAGCCCUGGAAGAGCCUGCUGUGGACGUGCUGCACAAGGUCACUGACAUGGUCCACACUGACUUCAUAAAGGUUUCAUCAAACAAUUUUGGUGAUUUUUUAAACCUCCACUGUACUGCUAAGUCCAAAAUUGAAGACAUCAGAUUAAACCAAGAAAAAGAAGCUGAAAAAAUGAUCCGACUUCACUUCCAGAUGGAACAGAUCGUCUACUGUCAGGACCAAGUUUACAAGAAAGCCUUGAAGACGAUCAGAGGGAAGGAAGCUGAGAAAGAGAAGACCCUUUCCUUUAAAUGUAACGUUCAGCUUCCUCAAGAGGAGUUGACUACCCCUGAGAUGACCCAGCACCUGAAUGCCUACUACCAGGAGUGCAGAAGGAACAUUGGAAGACAGAUCCCUCUGAUCAUCCAGUACUUCAUCCUGAAAACAUUUGGGGAGGAAAUGGAGAAAGCAAUGCUUCAGCUUUUACAGGACACCAGUAAAUGCAGCAGUUUCCUGGAGGAGCAGAGUGACACCAGAGAGAAGAAAAAGUUCCUGAAGAGGCGGCUUUUAAGGCUGGAAGAGGCUCGGCAGAAGCUUGCCAAAUUCUCCUAUUAGUCAGGCUAGCUAUGUGGCUUUCAUGAUAGCUGUGCAAUGAGCCUUCAGCUGCUUACCUUAUGUUAGUCUGUUGCCUUUAGACUGUGGAAGCAAACUCUGCAAACGCUGAGAUGAGGAAAGAGAAGCUAUGGGGAGUCACUCUACUUCAGCAGUAAGACAUGACCCUCUCAAAGCACAGGUGGAUGGCACCUCUCAGGAUCCUUCCUGCUCCCAACUCUGUCUUUCCUUUGUCAGGAGGAUGUACUGGCUGAGCAACUCAGAAGGGACGGCUCCUGGUUUUGUACUUCCUGUUUGGAAGCAGUGUAAGAGGUGCCACAGGGUCCUGGUAGGACAACUCUUUGUAGGCAUACUUUUUUUUUUUUUUUUUUUUUUUUUGCGAACUGCAUUUUACAAGGGUUCAACCUCUCUCUUAGCCCACUACCCAUCAUAGUUAGUAGAAGAGAAAAGUUAUUAGGCUAUGGGGGAAGAGGACCUGUUCAGCAAUUGUUCUUUGGGGGUGAGCUUGAUUUUCUUUGGCAGCAGUUCAGUCUCAUAGCAAACACCAAAUAUGACUCAGAAGCUGUAGACCAGUCCUCUAGGCAGGCAGAUACCACACACAACCAGUGGCUACCAUCCAGUCCUUUCCACAGGCAGAAACCAAGCACAAACCAGCAGUUAUAGUUUCAGUCUUGAAGAAAGCUUGCCAGCCAGCCUGAGGUAAGGCCGGGGAAGCAACCAGCUGCUGCAGGAACCUCACAAGUCGUUCUUAGAUGAGUUUCUCUCAAUGGCAGUUGAGCCAUUCUCUCUCACAAGUUGAGCUCAACAGUGCUAUGUAAGGCGAACCCUUACAUGCAUGUUAGUGAAGAAUAACUAGGCGGAGCAAACCAAACCAAUGCUCAGUGGCUCAUCUCCUACUGUUUGUGGGGUCAUAUUUAUACUCCUUCAUAAGGGGUCAUCUCAUGUGUUUGUAAUAUCAAAACAUCCUUUCAUCUGUGUCUGCUUCAGCAAGACAUCCUUUCACCUAUGUACCCUAGCAAACCAUCACUGACAUAACUUUCCAAAGAAACUAGAAGUUUCCACUUUAGCUCUUCCAAUAAAAUUCUUGCUAAAUGACA